GGGAGGAAUACAAUUGUUCUAGGAGCGGGGCAAAUGAAAGAGCAAAUGCCAUUGGUUUAUAACAGAGGGAUUGGAUUGUUUUCCCACCAUCGAUGUCAUUUUUCGACGAAAACCAAGAAAAUAAAAAGGGUGGUUGAGUUUUCCUUCCACACAAACAAAUGCAGUUUCUCCCCGUCUCUCCACUUCCCCUACCCAUAUUCCAUUAUUCCUAUCCUGAAAACCAAAAAAAACUGUCAUUCAUGGCCCAUCAUCAUCUCUUAGUUUCCACCCCACCCUUUCAUUGAUUGAUCAUAAUAAUAUACAAUAACUAUUCUAAUGAGACAUAAAUCUCGAUCUAAAACUAACCUAGACUAGAAACAUUAACUUUAACAUCCAAGCCUUUGAGACAAAAAAAAAUGGAUAAUUCGUUGGGAACCGGAUUCGUGGCGGUUUUCGCCGUGUCUGGAAGCGUUGUCCUCCUCGCCCUUCAAGUCCACAAACGCCUUCUCUCUGAUUUCAUGAAGAAAAUGGAAUUUGAGAUUGGGAGAAGUUGUAAGAAGAAGAAUGAAGCACCGAAAAAGAAGGUGGUGAGGUUUGCGGAGGAUGUGGUGGUGAAACGGCCGGUUUCGGAGAACGUAAACGCGGCGACUAAAAACCUGGCGCGUCCAGCCGGUCCGAACCGUGCGGUAGAAGAAAAGUUGGAGGCGUUACCCCUCAAUUGGCAAGCAUUAUAUAAAGGCAUCAUUUCUCAAAGGCAUUCAGUUCUGAUGUAGAGAUAUAGAUUGAUUUCUAAUCAUAAUUAGCAAUAUUUAUUGUGUAUAUAUAUGAACUUUGUGAUCAUUCCAUCUCGUUAAUUUAUAGUUUUGUUUGUGUUUUUCUUUUGUUGUUUAAUUUUUGCUUGUUUUUGUCAAAACAACAGUGAGUUUGGUUAGGGCGUUAAAUGGUUUCUCUCUUUAGAGUUUGUAUAGAAAUAUUUGUCCACGAA